AUGAUUCAUGGCUACGGAAGAGUCUUUACUCAAUCGCUCUGGAAAGGGCUUAAGAAAACGAACGCUUAUGGAGGGAAGCGCCAUGUUUGCAGUGACGUGAUCAAGGGAAAGACACAUGUUCUCUUCCUUCACAUGGGUCAGCCACGAUCUGAAUACUACGCAAAAGAAUAUCUACAAAAGUCCAAUUGCUCUUCUUACAGGUAUAUUCCAAUGGUUUUCCUCCUGAAUGGGAAAGUCAAAGAUUCAAUAGCGAAAUACGGAGAAGCGGGUUGCAUUGAAGAGCCUCUUACUACUUUUACGAAACGAAUUCAAGGAAGUCUGAAUACGAUUAUGCCAGAAUUUGGAUCUAUUUCUUGCUCAACCGCCUUUCUUUUUGAUGACCCCUCGAUUGAUAAGGAGAACGGCUACAACCAUAUAGUUGUAUUCCCACUGUAUCCACAUUACUCAUGCACACGAUCUGGAUUUCUACUCAACGAAAUCGAACGAGUUUUGCAAACAUUCACCGUCCCAGCCACCAUAGAUGAUCGUGAAGUUCCAUGUGAGCGUAUCGUGCCAAAUUCAAGCAGCUCAUUCCAUGUGUCUGCCUUGCAUCGAUGGGGCAAUCAUCCCAUCGUAAGCGAAGUGCGUUAUGUGAUCGGCGGUGUUGUGUUCUGCGCUCCAUCUAUUGUUCGUUUUUUCAUUGAAACCUACCGACGAUCCGUAUGGUCGACUUGUGAACGUAUCAUGGCUGGAUUAGACGACAGUUUUCCGUGGCGGCUAAGUUUCUUCAAUGCAUGGGACCAAUGGGAUCUACCGGUUGUGGAUUCCAUCAAGCGGCUCAAUUCUCUUAUCCCUCCCGGAAAACAAAUAGCGCUAGUUCCUGUAUCUUCUAUACUUCCCGAUUUCAAUACAUUUUCCGUGUUACCUAACAUCGCUACGUCUUUGGUGAGUACGAUGGUUGCAGUUGGUAAACAUUUCAACCUUUCUGGUUUAUGGAGUAGAAAAGACAGUUUUAUAAUGGUUGCAAAAUAA